CCUCAGGCUUGGCCUCUCCACCAUGUGGCACGAGGCGCGAAGCAUGAGCGGAAGCUGCGAGGCAUGAUGGUCGACUACAAGAAGAGGGCGGAGCGGCGGCGGGAGUACUAUGAAAAGAUUUAUUAUUCACCAUAGUCAAGAUGUGGAAAUAACCUCAAUGUCCAUCUGCUGAUGAAUGGAUAAAGAAAAUGUAUAUAAGUACAAUGGAAUAUUAUUCAGCCUUAAAAAGGAAGGAAAUCCUGUCACAUGCUACAACAUGGAGGAAACAUGAGGACAUUAUGCCUAGUGAAAUCAGCCAGUCACAAAAAGACAAAUACUGCAAGAUUCCACAUAUAUGAGAAGAAGGACCCGGCCCAGUUCCUGCAGGUACAUGGCAGAGCUUGCAAGGUACACCUGGAUUCUGCAGUCGCCCUGGCCGCAGAGAGCCCCGUUAACAUGAUGCCCUGGCAGGGGGACACCAACAACAUGAUUGACCGUUUUGAUGUUCGUGCCCACCUGGACCACAUCCCUGACUACACCCCCCCACUGCUCACCACCAUCUCCCCAGAACAGGAGUCGGAUGAGCGGAAAUGUAACUACGAGCGCUACCGUGGCCUGGUGCAGAACGACUUUGCUGGCAUCUCGGAGGAGCAGUGCCUGUACCAGAUCUACAUUGACGAGUUGUACGGAGGCCUCCAGAGACCCAGUGAGGACGAGAAGAAGAAGCUGGCGGAGAAGAAGGCGUCCAUUGGCUACACCUAUGAGGACAGCACGGUGGCCGAGGUAGAGAAGGUGGCAGAGAAGCCAGAGGAGGAGGAGUCACCAGCUGAGGAGGAGAGCAACUCGGACGAAGAUGAGGUCAUCCCCGACAUCGACGUGGAGGUGGACGUGGAUGAACUGAACCAGGAACAGGUGGCAGAUCUCAACAAACAGGCUACAACCUAUGGCAUGGCUGAUGGUGACUUCGUCAGGAUGCUUCGGAAAGACAAGGAGGAGGCAGAGGCCAUCAAACAUGCCAAGGCCCUUGAGGAGGAGAAGGCCAUGUACUCGGGCCGUCGCUCCCGGCGCCAGCGGAGGGAGUUUCGGGAGAAGCGCCUGAGGGUCAGCCCACCCAGCUAUGCACGCCGAGACAGCCCCACCUACGACCCCUACAAACGGUCGCCCUCAGAAUCCAGCUCCGAGUCUCGCUCCCGCUCCCGCUCCCCAACUCCCGGCCGUGAGGAGAAGAUCACCUUCAUCACCAGUUUUGGGGGCAGCGAUGAGGAGGCAGCGGCAGCAGCCGCAGCUGCAGCUGCAUCAGGGGCUGCCACAGGGAAGCCUCCCGCACCCCCUCAGCCUGGCGGCCCCGCCCCGGGACGUAAUGCCAACGCCCGCCGCCGCUCCUCCUCCUCCUCCUCUUCCUCUUCUGCCUCGAGGACCUCCAGCUCCCGUUCCAGCUCUCGCUCCAGCUCCCGCUCCCGCCGUGGUGGGGGCUACUAUCGCUCAGGCCGACACGCGCGCUCCCGAUCCCGGUCCUGGUCUCGCUCCCGGUCCCGCUCCCGGCGGUAUUCCCGGUCUCGCAGCCGUGGCCGGCGGCACUCGGGUGGAGGCUCCCGAGAUGGACACCGCUACUCCCAUUCACCACCCCGACGUGGUGGGUAUGGGCCCCGCCGUAGAAGCAGGAGCCGCUCCCGCUCAGGGGACUGGUACAGGCGGGGCGGCCGGGGUCCCAGGCACCACAGCAGUAGCCGCAGCCGCAGCAGCUGGUCCCUCAGCCCAUCCCGAAGUCGCAGUCUGACUCGGAGCCGCAGCCCCAGCCAGAGCCAGAGCCGAAGCCGCAGCCGCAGUUGUAGUCGAAGCCGUAGCCAGAGUCACUCGUCAUCACCCCCAAGGGAGAAGCUGACCAGGCCGGCGUCGUCCCCUGCUGUGGGCGAGAAGCUGAAAAAGACCGAACCUGCCGCUGGUAAAGAGACAGGAGCUGCCAAACCCAAGCUGACGCCACAGGAGAAGCUGAAGUUGAGGAUGCAGAAGGCACUGAACAGACAGUUCAAGGCGGAUAAGAAGGCCGCCCAGGAGAAGAUGAUACAACAGGAGCAUGAACGGCAGGAGCGGGAAGAUGAGCUUCGCGCGAUGGCCCGCAAGAUCCGUAUGAAGGAACGGGAACGCCGAGAGAAGGAGAGAGAAGAGUGGGAACGCCAGUACAGCCGGCAGAGCCGCUCGCCUUCCCCCCGUUACAGUCGAGAGUACAGCUCUUCCCGAAGGCGCUCAAGGUCCAGAUCCCGCAGCCCCCAUUAUCGACAUUAGGCAGAAGUGUGGGGGCUGAGGGGCUGGGAUGGGUUAGGGCUCAGGCUGCGUUGCUGCUGCUGAUUUUGUUCUCUAAUGAAAUAAACGUUAUUUAAUUGCCUUCA